CGAGUUCAGUAUUCUCAUCUUCAAGCCUGAUCUCGCCUCUCCCACCCUACCCCACCUCGCUCCCCUCUCUCUCUCUUCCUCUCUCUCUCUCUCUCUCUCUCUCUCUCUCAGUCUCCAGAUCCAGCGUUCUUCGAUCGAUCGCCGAUCUCAAUCUCUUCCUUCCUCGUCGACGACGCCUCUCUUCUCGCCGGAUCUGAGCGAUUUGGACCUCGAAUCAGGUGGGGAAUGGCUUCUGCGGAAGCCGAUUCCCGUCUCGCUGUCGUCCUCGUCCCCGCCCUCGAGAAGAUCGUGAAGAACGCCUCAUGGCGGAAGGGCCACUCCAAGCUCGCCCACCAGUGCAAAUCCCUCAUCGAGCGACUCUCCCAACCGUCGCCUCCUCCCUCGCCCACCUCCCCCAACUCCUCCUCCUCCCUCCCCGGCCCUCUUCGCGACGGCGGCGCCGCCGUGUACUCCCUCGCCGACGCCGAGACCUUCCUCAACCCUCUCAUCGCCGCCUGCUCUUCCGGAUCCCCCCGCGUCGCGGAGCCUGCCCUCGACUGCGUCCAUAGACUCAUAGUCCACUCCUACCUCCAUGGUGAGGCCGACCCCCACGCCGGCCCCGACGCUCGCCUCGUUGCCCAUCUCCUUGAGUCCGUUUGCGGGUGCUACUCCCUUGGGGCCACUGAGGAUGCCAUCGAGCUGCUCGUUAUAAAAACGCUCCUUUCUGCCGUCACGUCCACUGCCCUUCGCAUACAUGGAGAUUCCCUCCUCCAGAUUGUCCGCACUUGCUAUGACUUGUACAUCGGCAGCAAAAACGCCGUCAACCAAACCACCGCCAAGGCCUCCCUCAUCCAAAUGCUUGUCAUCGUCUUCCGUCGCAUGGAGGCUGACUCCUCCACUGUCCCCGUCCAACCUAUCGUCGUUGCGGAGAUGAUGGAGCCUAGUGACCGCUCCUCUUCUGCCACUUCUGUGGACGUAAGCAUUGUCCAGGGAUUCAUCACCAAGAUCAUCAGCGACAUUGAUGUUGUGAUCAACCAGUCAGCUCCUCUGGCCAGGACUGCCUCUGCCAACAAACACGAUGGGGCUUUUGUGUCAACCACAGUCGAGAGCACCAAUCCUGCAGACCUGCUUGAUUCGACGGACAAGGAUAUGCUGGACGCCAAGUAUUGGGAGAUCAGCAUGUACAAGACAGCACUGGAAGGCAGGAAGGAUGAGUUGGGGCCAGAGGGAGACGGACUGCCAGAUAGGGAUGAUGACACGGAGGUCCAAAUUGGAAACAAGCUGAGGAGGGACGCCUUCCUUGUCUUUCGUGCUCUUUGUAAGCUCUCCAUGAAGACUCCUCCCAAGGAGGCCGUGGCUGAUCCCACACUCAUGAAGGGAAAAAUUGUGGCAUUAGAGCUGCUCAAGAUCUUGCUAGAGAAUGCUGGCGCUGUGUUCCGCACAAGUGAAAGGUUUUUGGGUGCUAUCAAGCAAUAUCUAUGUCUCUCUCUUUUGAAGAACAGUGCUUCAGCUCAUUUGAUCGUUUUUCAGCUGUCAUGUUCAAUUUUUAUUAGCCUUGUAUCAAGAUUUAGACCAGGAUUAAAAGCAGAGAUUGGAGUUUUUUUCCCAAUGGUUGUACUUAGAGUUUUGGAAAAUGUUACACAACCAAAUUUUCAGCAGAAGAUGAUCGUGCUUCGUUUCAUGGAGAAGCUGUGUAUAGACUCUCAAAUUUUGGUAGACAUAUUCCUUAAUUACGAUUGUGAUGUCCACUCAUCAAAUGUUUUUGAGAGGAUUGUAAAUGGUCUACUAAAAACUGCACAAGGGCCUCCCCCAGGAACUCCUACAACAUUGGUGCCUCCACAGGACACCAUGAUGAAAUUUGAAGCUAUGAAGUGUCUAGUGGCUAUUUUGAGAUCAAUGGGAGAUUGGAUGAACAAACAGUUGAGAAUUCCUGAUCCUGAUUCUCAGAAAACAGAAACUUUUGAUCGUAGUUUUCAGAAAUUAGAUGCUGCAGAUGCUCAGUUUCAAAAAGCAGAAUCAGAAGAUGGCAAUGGUGUUGGAAAUGAACUUCCUUUAGCAAAUGGAAACAGUGUUGAACCAGCUGAAGUAAGUGAUUCUCAUCCAGAAGCAACAAAUGGAACGUCAGAUGUUGCAUCUAUUGAGCAGCGGAGAGCAUAUAAGCUAGAACUUCAGGAAGGUAUUGCACUAUUCAAUCGGAAACCUAAGAAAGGGAUAGAAUUUCUUAUCAACGCAAGGAAGGUGGGUGAUUCACCUGAGGAAAUAGCUGUGUUCCUUAAAAGUGAGUCGGGCCUGAAUAAAACUUUGAUCGGUGAUUAUUUAGGCGAGAGAGAAGAUUUGUCCUUGAAGGUAAUGCAUGCGUAUGUGGAUUCAUUUGAAUUUCACGGAAUGGAGUUUGAUGAAGCAAUCAGGUGCUUCCUACAAGGCUUUAGAUUGCCUGGUGAGGCACAAAAAAUUGAUCGCAUCAUGGAAAAAUUUGCUGAGUGCUACUGUAAGUGCAAUCCUAAGGCUUUUACAAGUGCGGACACUGCUUAUGUCCUUGCUUACUCGGUAAUACUGCUAAAUACCGAUGCCCAUAAUCCAAUGGUGAAAAAUAAGAUGUCACCAGAUGACUUCAUAAGAAAUAACCGUGGUAUAAAUGAUGGAAAGGAUCUGCCUGAGGAAUACCUAAGAUCCCUGUUUGAAAGAAUUUCCAAGAAUGAAAUCAAGAUGAAAGAUGAUGACUUAACUCCUCAACAAGUACAAUCUUCUAAUUCAAAUAAACUCUUAGGCUUAGAUAGCAUUUUGAACAUUGUCAUACGCAAGCGAGAUUCAUCAACAGAAACUAGUGAUGAUAUGAUCCGGCAAAUGCAAGAGCAGUUUAAAGAAAAAGCUCGUAAAACUGAGUCAAUAUAUUACUCUGCAUCAAAUGUUGCGAUUUUGAGGUUUAUGACUGAGGUAUGCUGGGCUCCAAUGCUAGCAGCCUUUAGUGUGCCCCUUGACCAGAGUGAUGAUGAAACCAUCAUAGCAUUAUGCCUCGAAGGAUUUCGUAGUGCAGUUCAUGUUACUUCAGUUAUGUCUAUGAAGACUCAAAGAGAUGCUUUUGUUACUUCACUUGCAAAGUUUACAUCCCUUCAUUCAGCGGCAGAUAUGAAACAGAAAAAUAUUGAUGCUAUUAAGGCAAUUUUAUGCAUUGCGGAUGAAGAUGGUAACUACCUUCAAGAAGCUUGGGAACACAUUUUGACAUGUGUUUCUCGAUUCGAACAUUUGCAUCUCUUGGGAGAGGGUGCCCCGCCUGAUGCAGCAUUUUUCAGCGUACAACAGUCGGAAAUUGAUAAAUCUAAACAAGCGAAAUCCUCUAUCCUUCCUGUACUAAAGAAAAAGGGGCCUCCAUCUUCAGUUAUGAGAAGAGGUACCUAUGAUAGUGCUGGAGUUGGUGGGCAUGCGGCAGGGGUUGUUACAUCUGAACAAAUGAAUAACUUAAUCUCCAACUUGAAUCUGCUGGGACAAGUUGGGAUUGCUGAAGUGACUCACAUAUUUGUAGGAAGUGAAAGGUUAGACAGUGAGGCAAUAGUUGAUUUUGUUAAAGCACUUUGUAAGGUUUCAAUGGAAGAACUGCGAUCCACAUCUGAGCCACGCGUUUUCAGUCUAACAAAAAUAGUUGAGAUUGCGCAUUACAAUAUGAACCGCAUUAGGCUUGUUUGGUCAAACAUUUGGAAUGUGUUGUCUGAAUUUUUUGUUACCAUUGGCUGCUCUGAGAACCUUUCAAUUGCAAUCUUUGCGAUGGAUUCGUUGCGCCAACUAGCUAUGAAGUUCUUGGAGAGAAAGGAACUGACCAACUAUAACUUUCAAAAUGAAUUUAUGAAACCAUUUGUUAUUGUUAUGAGGAAAAGCAGGGCUGUUGAAAUUAGAGAGCUGAUCAUCAGAUGUGUCUCUCAGAUGGUGUUAGCUCGUGUUAGCAAUGUUAAGUCUGGAUGGAAAAGCAUGUUCAUGGUCUUUGCAACAGCGUCAUAUGAUGAUCACAAAAAUAUAGUUCUCCUGGCCUUUGAGAUCAUUGAGAAAAUUUUGCGCGAUUACUUCCCCUAUAUAACUGAAACAGAAACCACAACCUUCACAGAUUGUGUUAAUUGUUUGAUUGCAUUUACUAAUAGUCGGUUCAACAAAGAUAUUAGCCUCAAUGCCAUUGCUUUUCUACGGUUUUGUGCGGCUAAGCUUGCAGAGGGAGACAUUGGUGCUUCUGCUAAACCUAAAGAAAAGGAGGGUUCUGUAAGUAGUUGCCCUCCUUCACCGCACAUUGUAAAGGAAGAAAAACAAGAUACCACAUUUCUUAUUGACAAGGAUGAUGAUCACCUGCACUUAUGGUUUCCACUCUUAGCAGGUUUGUCUGAACUUACUUUUGACCUACGAGCUGAAAUCAGACAAAGUUCCUUGCAAGUGUUGUUUGAUACACUAAGAAAUUAUGGUCAUCAUUUUUCAUUGCCCUUAUGGGAGAAAGUGUUUGAUUCGGUGCUAUUCCCUAUAUUUGAUUCUGUAAGGCAUGCCAUUGAUCUGUCUGGAGAGACUUUGCAAGGACAGGAUACAUCCGAGUUAGUUCAAGAUGCUUGGCUUUAUGAAACAUGCAAACUGGCUCUCCAGUUAGUUGUUGACUUGUUUGUUAAAUUCUAUGACACGGUAAAUCCACUUUUGAAAAAGGUGUUGACACUGUUGACUAGUUUCAUUAAACGCCCCCAUCAAAGCCUUGCAGGCAUUGGCAUUACUGCAUUUGUUCGAUUAAUGGGCAGUGCAGGGUCUCUAUUUAUUGAGACCAAUUGGGAAAUUGUGGUUGUUUCAUUGAAAGAAGCUGCUAUAUCAACUCUCCCUGAUUUUUCCUAUAUAUCCUCUGGCGAUUACCUUGGCAAUGUUGCAUCUGAAAAUGAAGAUUCUACUGGAAGGCAAGAGAAUGGUGAAUCUAGGGAAUCGAUGGAUGAUUUUGAAGGCUUGAAGGCCAGAAAUUUAUAUUUUGCAAUUGGUGAUGCUAAAUGUCGUGCUGCUGUGCAGCUUCUCUUAAUCCAGGCCGUGAUGGAAAUAUAUAAUAUGCACAGAGCUCAAAUAUCAGCAAAGAAUACACUGGUACUUUUCGAAGCUUUGCAUGCUGUGGCAUGUCAUGCGCACAAGGUAAACAGUGAUGGUGACCUUAGAUCCAAGCUGCAGGAUCUUGGUUCCAUGACCCAAAUGCAGGAUCCUCCAUUGCUACGUCUUGAGAAUGAGUCCUAUCAGUUAUGCCUCAUUCUUCUUCAGAAUAUUGCUGUAGACCUGCCCCCUAAUGGUGACCUGGAUGUCGAACCAUACCUUGUUGAUCUUUGCAGGGAGAUUCUAGAGGUGUAUCUCACAAUAGCAAGGACAAAGCUUGGUGAAGCUUCAAAUAGUGCUGCUCAACCAGGAAUCCACUGGGUCAUCCCAGUUGGCUCUGCAAAACGAAGGGAACUUGCAGCACGAGCGUCCACUGUCGUGUCCACCCUGAGGGCUAUAUGUGGAUUGGGAGAUAGCUCGUUCAAAAAGAACCUUGCACAGUUCUUCCCCCUUAUCGCAGGUCUCAUAAGCUGUGAGCAUGGGUCCAAUGAAGUACAGUUGGAAUUGAGCCAUAUGCUCAGUUCAUCUCUAGGUCCAAUCUUGCUUUGCGCGAGAUGAUCAUGGAAUCAACCAAUGAAAGAGUGUUUUUCUAGCUUUUGCUACUUUUUCUUACUUGUUGGUAUCCAUUCAUGGCAUUGUCCAGUGUACUCUUAAUGAAGAGCAAAAAGGUUUGUUGUAAUCUAGUAUCCCUUCACGGCUGAUUCAGUUUUUGCCGCUUAA